AUGAGGCAAUCGGGCAUCAAACCAGAUUCAACCACGUUCCUCAUUGCCCUUUCAGCCAUUCGGUCGAAUCUCUCUCUACAACAAGGCAAGUGUCUUCAUUGCCUGGCUGAGAAGAGUGGAUGUCUAUCUCAUGUUUCCUCUGCAACUUCUCUCUUCACCAUGUACACGAAUGUAGGUGAAUUGGGUUCUUCUUGGUUUCUCUUUAAAAGCCUUCCUUUCAAAGAUUUGGUGGCUUGGAACUCAAUGGUUGCUGGUUUACGAAGGAAUGCGUGUUAUGAAGAGGCCUUGGAUUUGUUCAGGCAAAUGCAAAUGGACAAUGUGGGGAUUGAUUCCGUUGCUUUGGUAAUUGUUCUCCCUGCAUUAUCCCAUUUGGGACUUAUGACUUUGGGUAUGUUCAUUCCUAGGUUUAGUUUAAGGCAUGGAUCAGACUCCGAGUUUUCAGUGGAAAAUGCCCUCAUUGAUUUGUAUGCAAAGUGCAGGGAUUUGAGGAGUGCAAAGACUAUUUUUGAGAGAUUGCAUUUCAGAGAAACUGAAGCUUGGAAUACGAUGAUUUGGGGGUGUUUGCAUUGCCAAAAGCCUGAAAAUUCCCUUGGGUAUUUCAGAAAAAUAGUGUUAUCCAAUGCCCUGCCAGAUUCAAUAACUCUAUCGGUCAUAAUUUCAGCCUGCCAUGAUUUAGGGAACCCAAACAUUGGAAAGUCUAUUCAUUGUUGGGGAUUCAAAAGAGGGUUUGGGAAUGCUCAUAUUUCUAUGUGUAAUUCGCUCAUUUCAUUUUACUCAAAAAUCAAUGAUAUUGAAUUUGCUUGUAAGGUCUUUGAAAGAUUGGUUUCUAGGGACUUGGUCUCUUGGAAUUCAAUGAUCAAUGCUUUCAUAGAGAAUGACAGAGUUUCAGAAGCUUUUGGCCUUUUGGAGGAGAUGGAAUCAGAUGGAAUCAGAUGGUCUCAAGCCUGA